AGAUGCCACUGUUAUAUGUGUCUUGUUUCCCUUCUCAGGUACCAGUUCAACCCAGCCUUCUUUCAGACCACAGUUACCGCCCAGAUCCUGCUAAAGGCCCUCACCAACCUGCCCCACACUGACUUCACGCUGUGCAAGUGCAUGAUCGACCAGGCACAUCAAGAAGAACGACCGAUCCGACAGAUUCUGUACCUUGGAGACCUGCUGGAGACCUGCCACUUCCAGGCCUUCUGGCAAGCCCUGGAUGAAAACAUGGACCUCUUGGAAGGUAUAACUGGUUUUGAAGAUUCUGUCCGGAAAUUUAUCUGCCAUGUCGUGGGCAUCACUUAUCAGCACAUCGAUCGCUGGCUGCUGGCCGAGAUGCUCGGGGACCUGACAGACAGCCAGCUAAAGGUGUGGAUGAGCAAGUACGGCUGGAGCGCUGAUGAGUCAGGCCAGAUCUUCAUCUGUAGCCAGGAAGAGAGCAUUAAGCCCAAGAACAUCGUGGAGAAGAUCGACUUUGACAGUGUGUCCAGCAUCAUGGCCUCUUCCCAGUAACUUGGCAGGUGUUUAAUAAACCUUUGUUGACUUGGC